AUGAUCAAUCCGCCACGUACCGUGGCUCAAGCAUCUGCGAGCAAAAGGUGCAAUCCGGCUGCUGCCAGUGUGGGAGUUGUUUCCACACUGGUAGCGGAGCUACCAAAAGCUCCUGGGCCUUUUGGGCCUACCUGCGACGUGGCGCUUGACGCGCCUUGGCAGUGGCGCACCAUGGCGCUGCUGGAAACCUUCAGGUAUGCAAACUUCAUCCAUGCUGAGGAUGCAGUGACGAGCACCGAAUCGAAGGGUGGUGGCUUACCUCGAUUUGGUGGCGAAGCGCAGAAGCUUGCCGAGUACUGCUGGCGUGUGAGGGCGCGUGGCACUCGAGAAGCACUUCUGCCGGAAGAGGAGCAGAAGAAACUAGGACCACUUGGUUUGAGGUUGGUUGAAGGUUUGUCAGGGUCAGCACUUAGAAUAGCCCAGUUGAUUUCAACAACGGAGUUAGCUGGUGAAAAGGGUGCCGAAAUGUUGUUGGAAAAGUUGAAUGAAACCCUGAAGCCAAGAAGGAUUCAGGAAGCACGUGAGUUGUACAUGGCAGGUGCUCAGCAGAAUGGCAUGCUGAGCAGACAGCAAGGUGAACCUAUGGGAACCUACUUGGUGCGCCGACAAGCAUGGUACCAAGCUAUGGUGGACCUCAACAAGGAGCUCAAACUGCCUGACCUGAUCUUGGCCGAGCAGACGCUCACCAAUGCCGGGAUCACUGACAACAUGCAGCUUUUGAUACGCUCUGCAAUCCAAGGUGAUAUGUCCCUGGAGAAGGUUGCCACUGAGUUGAUUGCCCAGCACUCCAAGAUCCAUGAACGAGAAGCUCGAGGUUUUGGACCCCGACGACAUGAUGGAGCACGACCCAAAGGCGAUGGUAGAUCUUGGAAGUCUCAUGGACAUGGGCAUCGACACCAGCGUCAUGGCUAUGUGGCUGAAGAGGACUACGAUGAUUGGCAUGAACCUGAGGCCUAUCAGUCCUAUGACCCUGUCUCAGAGGACACCCUGGACUAUGAGGACACCACGAACUAUGAGUAUGAGACCUACAUGGGCGCUUCUGGCAACGAUGAAUGCCAGAUCUUGGCCAUGCUGGCAGCUGAUGGUUUGGACGUCAAUGAUGAAGAGUCCAUGGACUAUGCGGCAGAUGUGAUUCAGGCUGAGCUGGAAGCCUACUAUGCGAGAGACAGAGCCAUCAACAAAGGGAUCAAAGGUUUCAAAGGCAAGGGCAAGAGCAAGGGCACCAAGCACUUCGAUGUCUCUGGUCAGUUGUCAUUGACCGAGCGACAGCAGCGACUUCAGCUUUUGAAGAGUCGCACAACAUGCAGGCGAUGCAAUCAAGUUGGACACUGGAGUGGAGAUCCUAGCUGCCCAAAAGGAUCUGGAAAAGGCAAACCUGCUGCUGGAGCCUCAUCCAACAAGGGUGACAAGGGUUCUGGUAAGUCGCAACAACCCAAAACCAGAACCGUGUACUUUGCAGUUCAUGGUGGUGAUGAUGAUGGUGAACAACAUGGAUACAUGGCACAAAGAAACAAUGCAGUACCACCUCCCAGCAGUUUGCAGGAUGGUUUUGUCACGCCACAGCAGACACCUGUGGCCACUCCGACACCAACGCCAGAUCGGCGACAGCUUGAUGAACAACUUGUGCCUGUGACUCAGGUUGCUGAAGGCGCCACCUUGACCCAAGACGAGCUCGACACCUUCAUGCUUGUGAAUGCCUUGGGUGUCGCUGAAACCCGUGAUGAUGGACGAAUGAUCUAUGAAGUUCCUGAAGAACUUGCAGGCUAUGGACUUCCGGCCAACUUGACUGGAUCUGGACUUCAAGAGCUCUUCAGAACUCUUCCACGACUGCCGGAACCUCUUGGACUUCCUGAUCUCUCCGGACAGUCUUCUGUGCCGCCUCAUGCUGAACCCAUGCCUGUUCAAGAACAAGCUCAACCUCAACCUUUGAUGAGCAAGGCAACAAUGCCUAUGCCAAGUGGACCUCCUGGUGAUGAACCUCCUCAACAUGACAGACCUCUAUGUGAACACCUCCGUGUGACGACACGUGGAUCCAAUGCAUACUACACCCUGCGACGAUGCCUUGACUGCGGAAUGGUUCUUUCACGAGAACGUCGAGAAUCCACCGUCACUGGAGCUAUGCCCAAGGGUGGUGCUGUUGGACCUGUUGGACAUGUCUUUCAUCCUGAUCGGAUGGACUGUCCACACCACUCUGUGACCUGGGCUGGAACAAAUGCGUUCCAAUGGAGAAGGACCUGCCGUGCUUGUGGCGAAGUCCGAACGGGACCUGUGGCUGGCUCUGAGAGACUCAGAACUUCUGGAAGAUCUGGCCCUGGACUUAUGGCCACUGGCCCUGGACUUGCGGCCAACAACACUGGUCAUGGACUUUCAGCUCAGGCACCUGGACUUGGCCUGCAGCGACCAGUGAGAGUCUCCUCCUUCCCCGUGCUCAUUCAGGUGAUUCAACAUGCCCUGAAUGCCAAGCGAGCCAGCAUGCCACAAGCUGAGACGGUGAGUUCCACAGAACUUCACAUGCUCCUGGACUAUGCCAUCGGUGUCACUGCACUUCAUGAACUUGAAUCUGGACAAGCUCCUUUGGAUUUUCAUGGAGCAGCUUCUUCUUCUGCAGUGACUCCUCCAUCCACGACUCCUGUCCCUGGCACUCCGGCCAGUUCUGCUCAUCAUGGACUUCACACACCUGGUGGCCAAAGCCAAGCUGAACACCUUGAAGAUCUUGGCACGAACCUUGUCAACUUCGGCAAGUUCAAAGGUCAGACCUUUUACAAGGCCUGGUGUGAUCGAAGCUAUGUGGAUUGGGCCUUGGAGGAGGAAGAGAAUGUCAAGCGAACUGGAAAAUCCAUCGGAAGUGGCUUGAAACAGCUUUGCCACUACUUCCGUGAGAUGCAGCGUCGCCCAUCUCCUGCUCCAUCGGUCUCUGGAUUUAUGGCCGUGCAGGACAGCUGUGGAUCAGAGAAUGACCUCAUUGCCAUCCUUGACACCGGAUGCAAUGCGACUUGUCAUGGAAGCCAAUGGUAUGAACGUUUUGUGCAAGCCACUGGAUGUCCCAAUGUCAGCUUGGACACUUGCGCUGGAUCCAACAUGAAGGGCAUUGGUGGCAACAUGCGUGUCACUGGAAAACGUGUGCUUGAAGUUUGCUUUGAGUUGACAUGUGGCACGUUUGCAAGAGGCACUUUGCCUUCCCUGGAGCUUGCCCAAUCACAAGCCCCUCUCCUUUUGAGCCUCGAGACACAGAGGCAACUCGGCUUCCAGAUUGACAUUGCCAACAACAAUGUCUUCAGCACAACCUUGCAGAGCAACUUGAAGCUUGUGCAACGUGAUGGACUUUUGGCGAUCCGUUUGAUCCCAAGCUACAUUGGCCUGAAGUGCACCAUCGAUGAUGAUGGCAACACCCGCUAUGAAACUUCCCUUGAAGAGCCUGGUGAACAUCAACUACAUCAACAACAAGGUGAUCAAGAUCACAGCACUCAGGCGUUGCACAAUGAUGCUGAAGAUGAUGAACUUCCUUUGACUCCGGAAGUGCAUCUCGCUGUCGAUGAGCUUCCAAAGACCACCCUCACAAAAGGUCAGAAGCGACAGCUGGCGCAGACCAUCCAUGAAGUCAAAGACAAGGACAACCACUUGUGGAGCUGCCUCAGAGCAUCCAAGCAUUUGUCACGACAGCCAAGAGUUUUGCCCCGUGGCUGCCGAACGUUUUUGCUUGAGGUUUUUGCUGGUGCUGCCCUUCUCUCCAUGCUGGCGACUGAUUUUGGACUUCCAGUCUCCCAGCCUGUUGAUGUGACCCACGAUGGCAUCAACUUGAAAUGGAAGCAGCACCGAGACUUGAUCGACCAGCAGAUCGAGAAGGACGACCCCUACUGCAUCAGCCUCUCGCCCACAUGUGGACCUUGGUCUCCUUGGCAAUAUGUGAACCUUGCCAAAGACCCCAGUUUUGAGAUGAAGCUGCACGAAAUACGCCGUGAGUGGCGUCCUGUGGUGCAAUGGAUGGUGCAGUUGAUACGAAAGCGGCUUGCCAAAGGUCGCCAGAUCAUCUUUGAGCAACCCUGGCCUUCAAAGAUGUGGGAUUUGCUCUCAAUGCAACGACUCCUACACGACGCUCCAUGCGAUGCAGCAACUGGUGAGCACCUUGAAGCCGUACGAUGCGACCAAUGCAUGUUUGGGUUGAAAGAUGUGGUCAACAAGCUGCCCCACAAGAAGCCCACCGGCAUCAUGACUGCCUCUGCUGGUGUGAAAGAGUUCAUUGGCAUCCAGUGCUCUGGCGAUCAUCAACAUCAACAACUUGAAGGCUCCAAUCGGACACAUCGAGCUCAAGAAUGGCCUAUGGAAUUUUGCAAGGCUAUGAUCUCUGGACUUUUGCGAGAUCUGGAGCUCAACAUGACCAAGUUGGCCUUCCCAGCCGAAGCUGUGGUGGAAGAUAACCCUCUUGGAAGCCUUGACAAGAUCUACGAUGAGUCCGACCUUGCUCCACCUGGACUUCACCAACAUCGAACAGAUGACAAGGAGCUCAAGGGUGAAGAAGAUCGUCAAGAGCGUGACGAAGCUUUGGCAGAAGAGGAUGCGAUCAGAAAACAAGAAUGGCUGAGACUCCCUUACUCACAACGAGUUGCUGUACGUCGUCUUCAUCAGAUGACUGGCCAUGCAAGCACCUCAGCCAUGUCACGAAUGCUUCGUGUUGCCAAAGCUGCCCCUGAAGUCAUCCAACGACUUCGAUACUUCAAAUGUGAGGCUUGUCUUCAAGACCAAAAGCCCAAACCUCGACCUGUCGUCCGACCUCCAAAUCCCUAUGUGUUCAACUAUGAGGUGACGGCAGAUGUUUUUGAAUGCCGUGAUUCCCUUGGAAACAGAUACAGUGUGCUGAGCGUCAUUUGCAUGGGCACUUUGUACCAUGCUGCUUGGGUGGUGUCUGAAGGUGGUGGAACCCCAUCCAGUCUUCGCUGCGCUGAAGUUGUCAGAGAUGGUUGGUUGCAAUUUGGACCUCCACGCUACAUGACUGUGGACCGAGGGGUGCACAACCGUGGCCAAUUUGCCGCACUGAUGUCAUCACAGGGCACCUACCUACGCUAUGCUGGAACUGAAGCCCACUACCAGAUCGGUAGAGCUGAGCGCCAAGGUUCCAUCUUGAAGGAGAUGAUUGCUCACACUGUUCAAGGGAGGCACGUUGUUGGAUCUCAAAUGAUGAAGAUGGUUGUUUCUGAGUGCGCUUUUGUGAAAAACAACCGGAUCAACCAUGGCGGUUUUUCGCCUAGCCAAUGGGUGCUUGGUCGUUUGCCUGAAGAAGUUUGCAGCCUCACUGCCGAACGAGCUGAAGGAGAUCUUGGAGUGCAUCAAGAAAUCCUCACUGGAGAACAUCAAUUUGCACAGCAGCUGAACAUCAGACAAGCUGCCAAAGAAUCCUUUGCCCAUGUGGACUCCAGCAACAGGAUUCGAACUGCCUUGAUGCGGCGAUCCACUCCCUGCAGAGGGCCUUAUUUUCCUGGAGACUUGCUUUGCUUCUACCGUGGCAACAAGUGGUUUGGCCCAGCUCGAAUGAUUGGCAGAGAGGGACGCUCAAAUCUCUGGCUGAUUCAUGGUGGCAUUCCCAUUGUCAUCUCAGAGGAGAGCGUGCGACCUGCACUUGCUGGCGAAGUCAUUGCCAAGCAGAUCACUGAACUGAAGCCAUCGAGAAAACGCAAGCGCCAGAUCACCCAAGAUGUUGACCAUGAACUUCCCUUCUUGGAUGACCUGGACUUCCUUGAUGGCAACGAUGGAGAUGAAGAUGGAUCUGGUGGUGGUGGACCUGGCUCCUACUUUCACCUUGGACGUGGUGGUGGUGAAGCAAAUGUUCCUCAUUCUCCUGGUCCGAUGAAUGUGUCCGAUGAUCAGCAACAAGCACAGCCUGAACCUUUGCCUGAUGAUGGACUUGAGUACUCUCCUGGUACUCCAGUUGCUGAGGAGGAUUCACACAUGACGCCUGAGGCGAUUGAUGGACUUCCCUUGGAUGGUGAUCCCAACUUGCCACCUGGACUUGUGGCCUCACCAUCUGAACAGUCACCUGGACUUGUGACUGAGCUGCCUGGAUUUGCAGCUACGCCUCAGCCUCCUCCCGGAAUCAACUCACAAUUGCCUGCAGUUCCUUUUGAUGAUUUUGAUGAGUUGAUGCAAGAUGCUGUGCUGACAUCGGAUCAACCUCAACCUUCUGAAGUCAGAGGUCGCCUUCCGACCGUAUCAGAGAUUGAACCUGACCAGGAAGAAGUGCCACCGACAGUUCCUCCAACUCCUGGUCCAAACACUCCACGAGAACCUCAAGUUUCACAGCUCCAAGAGGCUAUGAGGAGAUCUGUCAACAAGCUUGAUGGUGUGCCCAACAGACACCGCUCCAGAUCUCCACCUCCUCGUGCCAUGUUUGCAUCUCAGACUGAGAAGCAGCAACAGCAAAGCUCAACUUUUCAUGGUUUUGUGGCCAAGCGUGGUCCCAAGAAGAAUGUUCAGAAGAAGAUGGCGAAAGAGCUGAGCUAUGGCCGAGCUGAUGAGAGUUUGAAGGGACGCAUUGAUGCUGCCCGCACCAAAGAAUGGAACAACUGGAUUGGUUUUGAUGCCUGUGAAGUUAUUCCUCCUGAACAAGCUCAGCAGUUUUUGGAGAAGAACCCUGGCACUCAGGUGGUUCCAACACGAUGGGUUGACAUCAACAAAGCCCGUCAAGGUGAACCUGAGCAAUUGAAAUCACGUUUGGUUGUUCGAGGUGAUUUGGAGAAAAGUGCGCAAGAUGGUGGUGUGCGCACCGAUUCACCUACAGCAAGUCACCUGAUGCUUUCCAUCCUUUUGACCUUUGCAUCAUGUCACUCUUUGAUGCUGCACUGUGGCGAUAUCACAGCCGCGUUUCUCCAAGGUCUUGGACUUGCACGUGUUUUGAUCAUGGCCCUGCCCAAGGAUGGUGUACCUGGGAUUCCUGCUGGAAGUUUGCUGGUUGCCAAGAAGCCUAUCUAUGGCACCAAAGAUGCUCCCAGAGGUUUUUGGAGAUCACUGCACAAAACAAUGCUGAAGGCUGGAUUCCGUCCUGUGCCUCAUGAGCAAGCGGCCUACGUCAUGAAUGGGCCGAAUGGUGAGAUUGAUGGACUUUGCAUUUGUCAUGUAGAUGAUUUGCUUUGGUGUGGUGGUCAGAAGACCCAAGAUGCGAUGAAAGUGGUGCAAGAGCAACUCAAGUUUGGCAAAGUUGAAAAUACCUCCUUCAAGUACUGCGGCAGAACAAUUUCGCAGACUGAUGAAGGAAUUGUUGUUCAGUGCCCUCAUGGACUUGAAAAGACCCGGCCGAUCAUGCUUAGCACUGGCCGAAAGCGUGACCGCACAGCUCAUGCGACUCCAGAAGAACAAGGACAAUUGCGCAGUGUCCUUGGCUCUCUCAACUGGAUUGUGCGAGUGUGUCGCCCCGAUUUGGCCUAUGACACCAACAGACUCCAGACCUGCGUGCAACGACCAAUUGUCCAAGAUUUGGUCGAUGCCAACAGCCUGCUUCGCCGAGCCCAGAUGACGAAAGAUCAGAAGUUGGUUUAUGGUUGGAAACAGUUUGACUUUGACAGCAUGGAGAUCAUUUCGAUCACCGAUGCCAGCCAUGCUGCCGACUAUGAUUUGUCAGCUUCUGGAAUGAAGAUGGGAUUUCGGUCUCAGUCAGGCCGUGUUCUUGCAGUUGGUGGCCCGGAAGUGAUGCGCUCUGGAACUGGCCAUAUCCAUUUGCUUGAGUGGAAAAGCCAGGUGAUUCGACGCGUUUGCCGCUCCACGCUGCAAGCCGAGUCUUUGAGCAUGCUUGCAGGUUAUGAAGAUGCAGAGCAUUUGAGAAUGGUUUUGCAUGGUUUGAAAACGCCGCAUGACCCAAGAACUACCUCAUGGCAGACUGAGUCCAAGGACGCUAUAACAGUCCAUGCGGUGACCGAUUGCAGAUCUCUCCGAGAUCACCUUGUCCAAUGCUCUGGUGGUGAAGUGCAAGACAAGCGUCUUGCCAUCGAUCUGUGUGGCCUGCGGCAGAUCAUUUGGCGUGAUGUUGGUGAAGAAUAUGGAGAUCCGAUGAUGAGCGAAAACGUGCCUGAAGGCUCCACUACCAAAGUGAAGUGGUGUGACACGAAAACAAUGCUAGCGGACGGUUUGACGAAACAUAUGGACACAGCUGACUUGAGAUCAGCGAUGUCCGGUAGCAAAGUUUUCAUGCAGUUCACGUUUCAUGCCAAAAACAAUACGGGUGUGAAAGCCAUUCAAGAAACAUGUGAUCACAGCACUGCCUUGGUUGACACAGCAUAUGGCAUGGAUGCCCUGCUCAGUGCCCUGCGGCUGCGGUCCUUCUCCUGUGCUCCACCCGAUCGGAAGCUAUUGUCCGACCCAGUGAAGGGGAUAUUGGACACCUACAAGCAGGCUCUGGCCAUGUGCACCAAGAUCGAAGGCUUUAGCGCCCUGGCGGCGCGCUCCUCCCUGCGGCUGUACCCUGAUGGACACCUGCUGGAAGAUUCGGUGGGUUGGCAGACGUCCUCGGAACCCGGACCCAUCCGACAGGUUCAGGACGACUUGGAGCAGCUCAUGGCCACUGCAGAAAGAGCGCAGGCCAUGCUCGAAAAUUUGAUUGCUCCAAAGGACAAAGUAUGGAGGCCGGGUGAGCAACGGCAGAAACCCAGCGCUGUGCCGAUGGCCAGCUUCGCCUAUAGCAACGGGGUGAAGAGUAUGGAGGCCGCCCGUACGAAGGCAGUUGUGCGCUAUGGCCCUGCCGAGGGGGAGAAGAGGUUUCGACAUGUUCUGGACUUGGCCCGGAUUGGCUUGGUCUUCCGCAAUUGCGACUUCCUCCAGCAUGGCUUGGAUUUGAUCCUCAGCCAAUUUGAGGUGGUGGACGUGCGGAAUUGCUUCAGGAGUCCACCUCGCUCCGGGGAGCGCUAUGUAGAAAUCCUAUUGAUUCUGGAGGCAGCGGCAGCGGUGAGCCUGCAGGUGGAACAGGAGGAGGCUGGAGGGCCCAUUCCCCACGUGUGCGAGAUUCGUUUGGAAGAGGUGAAUUUCUACAAUGCCCGUGUUCGAGCGGAGCUGAUCAUGCAAGAUCUGGUGGAACGGAUCACCCAGCACUACAGCAACAACAAUCCCAGCACGAUGAGCUAUUUAAGCGUGUUAGUUCUUGCUUUGAUGCGGCAGAUGCACUGUGCCAUGUUUUGGGCAGAUCUGGUCAUUUGCGCUAUGGUGUGGCAGAAGCACUUGGCCAAGCGUUUUGGCUCGGCAGUGAGCUGCUGGCGGCAGAAGUUCGGCAUGACGCGCCUGGUGAACUUCGCCAAGUUCCGGGACGUGUGCUGUAAAGAGACGAAGUCCGGUCCACAUGCCACCGAAUAUUGGCAGGAACUGGACAUUGGGCGAGGAGGAUCGAUCUCUUUGUUCGAAUUGGAUGCACAGAUGGUUUGUAUGCUUGCCGUUUUCAGAGCCAGGCUUUUGAAGCUAGCUGGUACGACUGACCCUUCGCCAGAGGAGCUUUGGCAUCGCCUGAGUCUCUGCGUCAACGGCGCGCUGCAACGAGAGGACCGGAUGAUCAUCAGCGAGUUCAGCGUGGCGUUGACACGCGCCCUGGGUUUCAGCGCAGGCGAAGCCAGGCUGAUCUUUGACGCUUUAGACUUGGAAGGAGGUCAGACCUGCAACCCUCCGGGCCACGUGCGCAAGCUGGACAUCGCCUGGCUCAGCAAGCUGCCUCUGCUGGUCGACUUGGACGCCGUGGCCCUGCGGCCGGGCGGCUUCCAUGCGGUACCUUGGACGCCUUGGACGGUCUGGAGCAGGGGUUUGGGUUCGAAAAGCCCUGGCUUCUGA